CCGGGAGGCGGAAGUGGAGUUGUUGUGGCUGCGAGGGCUGCGCGAGGAGCAGCUGCUGCUGCUGCUGCUGAGGCGGCGGCGGCGGCGGCCGCGGUGCUGAGGCUGUGGCGGCGUUGCCGGCCCCGGGCCGCUCGGGCCCUCGGCUCGCCCCGCAGCCCCGCCUGAGCCCGCCGGGGCCCGCGCCGGCCAGCGCCUGCCCUAUGAGCGUGUCACUGGUUGUCAUCCGCCUGGAGGUCGCCGAGCACUCGCCCGUCCCCGCCGCUUUCGACUUCAGCGCCGCGGCUGGGGAAAUGUCUGAUGAGGAGAUCAAAACGAAGACUCUAGCUUCAGCUGCAGCCUGUUUAGAAGGGAAGUCACCAGGGGAGAAAGCAGCCAUCAUCCAUCAGCACCUUGGCCGCCGGGAAAUGACAGAUAUGAUUAUUGAGACCAUGAAGUCCAACUCAGAUGAGCUGAAAGCUACAGAAACAACUUCCACUGCCCAGAGAAGUAAAGAUCAAAGUAAAGAGUGCAUGAGCACCGCUCCUGACUCGCCAUCCAAACAGCUUCCAGACCAGAUUUCAUUCUUCAGUGGAAAUCCAUCAGUUGAAAUAGUACAUGGUAUUAUGCACCUAUACAAAACAAAUAAGAUGACCUCUUUGAAAGAAGACGUGAGGCGCAGUGCCAUGCUGUGUAUUCUCACAGUCCCUGCUACAAUGACCAGCCAUGACCUUAUGAAGUUCGUUGCCCCAUUUAAUGAAGUAAUUGAACAAAUGAAAAUCAUCAGAGACUCUACUCCAAAUCAGUACAUGGUACUGAUAAAGUUCAGUGCACAGACUGACGCAGAUAGCUUUUAUAUAGCGUGCAAUGGCCGCCAGUUCAACUCAAUCGAAGAUGAUGUUUGCCAGUUGGUCUACGUGGAACGGGCUGAAGUGCUGAAAUCUGAGGAUGGUGCCAGCCUCCCCGUGAUGGACCUGACGGAGCUGCCCAAGUGCACCGUGUGUCUGGAGCGCAUGGACGAGUCCGUGAACGGCAUCCUUACCACGCUCUGCAACCACAGCUUCCACAGCCAGUGUCUGCAGCGCUGGGACGACACCACGUGCCCUGUUUGCCGGUACUGCCAGACUCCAGAGCCAGUGGAAGAAAAUAAGUGUUUUGAGUGUGGUGUUCAGGAAAACCUGUGGAUUUGCUUAAUAUGCGGCCACAUAGGCUGCGGGCGGUAUGUCAGUCGGCACGCGUACAAGCACUUCGAGGAGACCCAGCACACGUACGCCAUGCAGCUCACCAACCACCGCGUCUGGGACUAUGCUGGAGAUAAUUAUGUCCAUCGACUGGUUGCAAGUAAAACUGACGGGAAAAUAGUCCAGUACGAAUGUGAGGGUGAUACUUGCCAGGAAGAGAAAAUCGAUGCCUUACAAUUAGAGUAUUCAUAUUUACUAACAAGUCAGCUGGAAUCUCAGCGAAUCUACUGGGAAAACAAGAUAGUCCGGAUAGAGAAGGACACAGCAGAGGAGAUAAACAACAUGAAGACCAAAUUUAAAGAAACAAUUGAGAAAUGUGAUAACCUGGAGCACAGACUAAACGACCUCCUAAAAGAAAAGCAGUCUAUGGAAAGAAAGUGCACGCAGCUAAACACGAAAGUGGCCAAGCUCACGACAGAGCUCAAGGAGGAGCAGGAAAUGAACAAGUGUUUGCGCGCCAACCAGGUCCUCCUGCAGAACCAGCUGAAGGAGGAGGAGCGGGUGCUGAAGGAAACCUGCGACCAGAAGGACCUGCAGAUCACCGAGAUCCAGGAGCAGCUGCGCGACGUCAUGUUCUACCUGGAGGCGCAGCAGAAGAUCAACCACCUGCCCGCCGAGACCCGGCAGGAGAUCCAGGAGGGACAGAUCAACAUCGCCAUGGCCUCGGCCCCCAGCGCCCCCGCCUCGGGGAGCAGCGGGAAGCUGCCCUCCAGGAAGGGCCGCAGCAAGCGGGGCAAGUGACCCUCCGAGCAGCCCGCAGCCCGGACACUCUGUCCUUGGCACCACCAGCUGUGUUGGGGCCUCCAGCGACAUGUGAGGGUGGGCCCUCAAAAGUACACGUGAGCAUCGAGCCGCGGUUGUUCGGGUCUUUGAUUUGCUGGCGAGUGGCACAGCGAGGGUGAGGGCGGCCGAGUAGGAGCUGAUGGAAACGGACGGUUUGCUGCAGGGUGUCUCGAAGGCCUCACCGGCCUCAGAUAUUCGCUUGCCCAUUUCGCCUUCCUCCCUGAUAGAUGCCCCAACUCUGCUGUGCGUUUCUUCAUUGUAUUUAUUGAGUUGUACAUUUAACAUUAGUUCUGGGGUCAGAUUAAGACUUUCUUUUGUGUGUGUGUGUGUGUGUGUGUGUGUGUGUGUGUGUGACCUCAAAGGCAACAUUACCUCGCACUAAAGCACCAAAUCUUCCUGAAGUCACUGCGGCUGCUUUAAAGAGAGGUUCCCGCCAGCUCCUGAGCUCUUAGGAGAAUUCCCCAGCAUCUUCUGUCCCUGUCUUUCAGGAAUGGAAGAAUGGGCUGGAUGCUGUCGCAAGAGGCUGGGUCUAUCUAAACCUGCCCUGCAGUCCCAGCCGCCCUCUCUCUGUGCUCCACGGCCAGCCAGGAAAAAAGGACAGCUGAGGGCAGAUUGAGUCGAACCAGUACAGGAAAAUUGGUGUCUCCCCUUGUUUUGUUUUUGAUGACGCCAUACUUCGUCCUCAACAUAAGGAGGAACCUUCAUGGUUUUUUGCACACUCAGAUCUCAAGAGUAGAUUUCCUAGCAUCUAGCAAGAAUAAGCAGGCAGGUUGCGGGCUGUGUAUUUUCUGGGAUCAGUGUUUUCCGAAUGUUUACAAAAGAUCGGGCUGCAUGUUCAAGUUGCAGCUAGAGGGAGUUAGGCAGAUUUUCAGUUAUGCUUUCCAGAUAUAACCAAAGGCUGUAUCUAAAUUCGAAAAUUACAAUCUUAACCGAACCCCUUUUUUAAAGAGUCAUAGAAUGCUUGUGGACCAACAGAAAGAGGUUGUGUACUUUGUCUAGAAUGAGGAAUGCCCAUCAAUCUCUAAUAUUCAGUCAUUGAGCAAAAUCCACAUAAGACCUGUGUUGGAAUUUCACUUCCAAAACAAGGUCGCUGGUAAGUCAGUGAGACAGGCUGUUUAUGACGGGGUUGGUUUUCUGCUUUAUAAUUAGCCAAAGUUUUCACAUUGUCACUCUUCAGACUUGUUUAGCUUAUGAAUAGGUCUCAUCCCCUUUACUUAAAUGUCUCACAGUUCUUGUUGAGGACACCAACAGGAUGAAUAAUCCUGCAUCCAUUUUUUAUGGGAUGUGCUGCGGCAUCUCCCAGAGAACCUUACCUGUCACUUUCCAAGAUGAAUGUGCUCGGACAUUAUCAGUUUUUACCUAGGGCAGACCAACCCUCUAAGUCCCCACCCCCACCUUGGACUUGGAUAUCCGACUCUCUUAAAGCAAGCGUGGGAAUGUAAAGCAUAACCUAAUUCUCUUUCCUAUAGAGAUUCUAUUUUCUUUAAAAUCUAUUUUUACACUAGUUAGAACCUUGCUUUUUUGGCCAAGUAUUUGUCUUGCAUGUCUGACCUUGCAGAAGCUGGGGUGGAUUGUAGCAUACUAAUGAAGAAGGUUAGAAGUAGUUUACAAAGCUUGUUCACUCUUCAUUUCUCAGUGCUCACCUCCACCCUACCACCAGCGGGGAGAACAGAUUUCCAGUAUUGGAGGAAUCAGUGUUCCGAAAGGCUGUGUGCCGGGUAAUGAGGAAAUGGGCAGAUGUUUCCAAACUACUUGAACGUUUCAAAAAAUGUUACAGGGGGAAAAAAAAAAUUACCAAGAUAUUUAAAGAAAAUGUUGGUUUUCCUUUUUUUCAGUGGUCAGAGUCCUCUUUGAUUUUACCAAAUUACAUAAGACAAAAGCUGUUGGUGUUUUCUUGGGGUUGAAAAUGAACCACUUAACAUACCCACACUACCUUGAACAAUAAUUGCAUUAAAAUAACCAAACUUUGAAAUGAGA